AUGGAUUACAAUCCGACGAUGAGCAUUUUUGACGAUUUCGUCAGGUUCAGUGAAACAUAUGUGCGCCGUGGUGAACACCAGAUUCUCGCCCACGUUCUUGUCCCCAAGGCUGCCCACGAGGGCAAGCGCCCCCUCAUCAUUAACUGGCAUGGCGGUUACCUGGUAACUGCUUCCGGCCUGUAUCCUCGAUUCUUCCCGCUGUUCAUCUUGGCCUUGGCAAAGAAGCACGGCGCUGUGAUUGUGUCCCCGGACUACACGCUUCUACCUCACGCAGGUGGACUGAGGGCUGUACAAGAUGACAUCAAGUCGUUUGAUUCAUGGCUUAGAGAUUCGUUUUUUGAAGUCUUGUCGAAUAAUACUCCAGGCUGCCAAGUCGACCUGUCCAAGACUUUGCUGAAUGGUGGCUCUGCAGGCGGAUAUGUUGCGCUCUCGCAUGCGCUACUCAACCCAGAUGCCUUCCGCGCGGUAGCUCUGGCAUACCCGAUGAUUGACUUCGAUACUGAGUGGUGGCAAAAGGGUUGCAAAGCAACUGGAAAGCCCAAUCCAUACAAUUUUCCAGAUGCAAUGUUCCCUCCCGCCGCAGAAUUGAAGAAGACAGUAGAAGCCUUCAAGACUGGACCUGUUGUGUCCGUGGCUGAUGAUAACCGAACAGGUUUUGGUGCAGCCUUAGCUAUAAAUGGCUUAUUUCCUGAUGUGUUCAGCCCUGGCGGCGAACUGGACGACGAUACUAGUGUGUGGUUGAACAAAAGAGUGGCGGCUGGUGAGAAGCUACCUGCACGAAUCUGGCUCUUUCACGGGACAGCAGAUACCGCAGUGCCGUAUGAAACCUCUGUCACUUUUGCCAAGGUAAUGGAACAACAGGGUCGAAGCAUCAGACUGGACCUGUUUGAGGGCAGCGAGCACGGAUGUGACAUAAUGGCGAGUGGCGCUUCCAGCGGCCAAGAUGAUCCUGUUAUAUUGAAUGGAGCAGCAUGGCUCACUGAAAGCUGGCUAAAUAAUGCAGUUCAAGAGCGAUUGUAA